CCCCCUUCCCCCUUCCCCUCCCCCUCUCCGCCGCUCACCGCACUCUGCUUCUCUCCCGCCCCGCUUCCCGCAGACCGCCGACGCUCGCGAUCUGCUUCGCGGGACCGGGAGAGGAGGCGAAGGGAACGGACGCGGUCCCGGGACAGGGACAGGAGGAGGACCCGCUCCCGCUCCCCGCACCGGCGGCGAUCCAGGUCCCCCCGGAGGCACCGCUCCAGCUCCUCCUCCCCUCUGCGGCUGAAGGAGAGACGAGAUGAGGAGAAGAAGGAGAGCAAAGACACCAAAGGCAAAGAGCGGCAGAUCACGGAGGAAGAUUUGCAAGGCAAGACGGAAGAGGAAAUCGAGAUGAUGAAGAUGAUGGGCUUUGCCUCUUUUGACACAACAAAAGGCAAAAAAGUGGACGGUGCUGCAAACGCCUACGCCAUCAAUGUGUCCCAGAAGAGGAAAUACAGACAGUACAUGAACAGAAAAGGAGGAUUCAACAGACCGUUGGAUUUCAUUGCUUGAUGCUACAGAGAGUGGAGAGCGUCGCUGCCUUCCUCAUGUGCUGCUGGCUCAGAGAUGGGAGAGAACUCCAUCCUUAAAGUGAAUUUGGGGUGAUUUAGAGCAGAUCCGGGUGCACUCACUCUGCCCUGCACCAAGGAAGGGUGAAGUGAAGCUCGUUGAUCACCCAGCUCCGUUUGUCCCUUGCCAGGAUUUCCUGCUGGUUGUAUUUUUCCUGUUGUGUUGUUGUUUUUUAAUAGCUCAGUGUUGUCUAAUUAAAACCUGUAUAUAUUUUUCCAUUUUGUUUCUCCCCCCACCCCCCCUUUGUCUGUGAUUACGUCACUCAGGAAUAAAGUCAGCAAGAAGAGGCUGCUGGAAACCACCAACAGCUGUUUCCCCAACUCAGCUUUUGGGAUUUGAGCCCAACCACCUCA